CAGCUGGCUGAGCCGGAGAGGCUACUUUGUUAACAGCGAAGCCACCGGAGAGAGAUCUGCUCAGCAGCUUCUCUCGGAAAAGUGUGAACAGUUUGGGGGAAACGGGGCACCCUAAGGCCCGUCGGUAGGAUUUAACGGUGGCAGCUGUUGUAUUUCGUGUGAUUAACUUUGUCUUUUCGCCGACAAAAAAGACGUCUUGCUCAAAGUUGAGCCGAAGAGGAGUUCUCUCGUUCAGGAUGUCGGACUGAGACAAAGGGGUCUUGGGGGGCAUUCCCGUCGGAGCGCAGGUAAAACUUGGAAAGAUGGAGAGGGAGCUGGAAUGGUGGAAAGAUCAGCUAGCUGCCGAUAUCCAUCAGUCCCUCCGCAUCAAGGAGCUGAAGUUACCGGCCUACCGGGCUCACUCCCCACAGAUUGGCAUGCGACGGUACUUCGCAGACUUGUUGGCCAUCCUGAGUAAUCGCUACCAGCUAUGUCCUACAGCACGUCACUUGGCCGUCUACCUGCUGGACUUGUUCAUGGACCACUAUGAUGUGGCUGUCAGGCAGCUCUAUGUCAUUGCUCUCUCCUGUUUGCUGCUAGCUAGUAAAUUUGAGGAGAAGGAGGACCGGGUCCCCAAACUGGAGCAGCUGAACUCUCUGGGCUUUAUGUGCAGCCUGAACAUAGUUCUCAACAAAAGGGAUUUGAUCAAAAUGGAGCUUCUGCUGCUUGAGACCUUUGGCUGGAAUCUGUGUAUGCCCACACCCGCCCACUUUAUUGACUACUACCUCCAUGCCUCAGUGCAGGAGGGUGACCUCUACAAUGGCUGGCCUCUGUCCUCCCUCUCCAAGACCAAGGCUUUCAUGGAGAAAUAUACUCACUACUUCCUGGAGGUUUCACUGCAGGACCACGCCUUCCUGAGUUUCAGGCCAUCCCAGGUUGCUGCUGCAUGCAUUGCCGCAUCUCGUAUUUGCCUUCAGAUCACUCCAAGUUGGACAACUGCAUUGCAUUUACUAACAGGCUACACCUGGGAGCACCUCACCCAGUGCAUUGAACUCAUGUUGCUAGCUCAUGACAACGAUGUGAAGGAGGCCAACAAAGCCAAAUCCACCCCUCCUCACCGGCCCGCCUCUCUGCAGUCCCAGCCCCAGACCUCUCACCUCUCUCCAGUGUCAGCCAUCCAGAGACCAGCCUCCUCCACCUCCUCCUCCACACCACAGCUGCUCUUUCAGCCAGAUAGCUUUCCACACAUUUCCCAGCAUUCCCCAUCCCUGUCCCAGCUACAAGCACUAGCUGACUCCCAGGCUUUGGGGUCUGUGGUAAACAUGUCUCAGGACUUCCUUCAGAGUCACAGGAUGGGUCUUCUAACUGGGGCUGCCUCCAUCACUCCUGCAGGUGCAUUCCCCUCCUACCCGAGCCUAACCUCAGGUCUUCAACCAGGGGCUCGUGGGUUGCCGCUACAGGGCCCCAUUUCUGUGCAGAUGGCCCUUGCUGGAGAGCCACGACACUGUCUGAGCAUGGCUUACAGCGGGAGCUACCUGGGGGCUCAUCACACGUUCACAGCCGGCUGCUUUGACAGGUGACGCCAGGAGACGGAGAGGGAACACAAACCUCCACGGGAGUCUGCUGAUAGGGACCUCCAAAUCCCAAAACACCCACUUACAGACCUCCUCUCUCUCUCCGUCGCCACUGCAACACCUUCAGCUUGCCCAGCUCCCCCGUCUCUCUCGCAGAGACGCCUCAGACGCAAACAGAGGACCAAAUGUAAGACAGAUCCAGUGGAAGUCAUCACACUGACAUGACAAAUGCUCCUCUGCCUCAUGAAAUACUGAGGCGUUGCAAAAAAUCGUAUUUCUAUACUCUGAGCUGACUUUAUAAAUCCGUGUUAUUUUGAGACUGUCAUCACUGUGAAUGAGAUGAAAGCAGCCGUGUGAUCCAACACCCACCUCAUUCAGUGCCUGUUCUCAGUUGUGUGAUAGCUGAGCCAAUUUUAGAAGUGUACAGAAGACAAAGUAUUUGUGAUAAGCAUAUCUUGCUGCUUGACAUGUUUUUUUUUUUUUUGUUUUUUUUUAAAUUACUAAUCCCAAAAAUUGAACACAUUUUAUAGAGAAAAUUUGGCUGAUAUAGGUUUUUUUUUUUUUUUUUUUUUUGGUGCCACCAUUUCAGAGAGUGAGAAAAGAAGAAAUGGAGGCUUGUUGCUGACUUGGCAGGGCAUAAAGAGACUGUGUAUGUCAGUGGGAAUUUUGCUUGUGUCUCCUGCAUGUCAUUGAACAUUGAUCUAAUGAGCUGAAGGGCUUCUCUGAGAAUUCCUUGCAACGCAAGACCUCAGAGGGGACGAAGAAGUCAUUGUUCUGUGCACAGCAGGUGAAGUUCGCAGCUCAAACACACCUGCUUUUUUUUUCUUCUUUUUUUUUUUGCCUCCCGGCAUCUUUUUCUCUCUCACCUCCAAAGUCGAGCCUUGUGGCUGAGCCCUCACACAAACAGGUGAACCGGUGGCUUUGUUAAAGCUGUAGGCUUUACCAUACUAAAGUUGAAUUUCUCCAGCACCGCUCAAAGAAUUAAAGACAAACUGAUGUGACUGGACCAGUGUGGUGAAGGAGACGCGACGCUGGUUUGUGUUGUAUAUAUGAAUUGCUGCUGCCUUCUGAACUGUUGGUUCUGUGUCUGUGUUAAUGACUCAAAUGUUUACAUGAACCACUAAGUAUCAGGGACUUUAACAAGAUUAUACUUGAAUAUGAUGCCAUUGAAACAUGCCAUAGCUUUUAUUUAUGAGGUUUUUUUAAUUCAUUUUUGAUAUGUAGUUUUUAUUGCCAGCUUAGAAACCCACCAUUGGUCAGUUUUCUUUCUAACUGUUCAUAGAAACAGGCUCAGGUUUUAAGGCUGAAGCUAGCAGCCUUCCCUUCAUUAUUCUGUGCUUAUGCUUUAAAGUGGAUGCUUAUUCAGCAUCUGCGGGGGCUGCAAUACUCCCCUUCUUCAUCACUGGACCAUACUGUGUACAACUCAGUAACUGAAUGCAUGAACUAUCUGUUUGCUUUUUAGCAGAACAAACCCACGGUCACUCGGCUGACACACCAGUAUCUGCAGCCAGUUGUUUCUAAUUGUUCCACUUUUCUAAAGCUGCAAUCUUCCACUUCCUGUUAAAUUAGAAACAGGUCCUAAUUCCCUGUGCUGAUCUUGAGGGUUGCCCCCUCUGGUAUCAUGGUGAUACUUUAGGUUUCUGGGAUGUUUUUGACUAUAUUUUGACUGAAUUUGGGCUGUAAUUCAUCUAUUUGGGCUUUAGGUUGAUGAACUGACAUUUCUGAAAUUAGCUAAAAAAAAAAUUGUUUAUAAGAGAACCCAAUCUGAUGUAUUCAUAUGGUUUCUUUUUUUCCCCCCUAACCUGCUUAAAUAAAAAUACGGAUAAUUUUCAGUCAUAUAUGGCAAAGAAAAGCAGGCUGGAGCCAGGAAACAUUUAAAGUGCGCAUCAGUGAAUCUGUUCAUUGCUCCAGCUAUAGACUGAAUUGAAAGUGUCUUCUCGGCUUUGUAGAAAAUUGUGAGGCUGUUCUGGAAGAAUUGCAAACUUGGAUAUGCUACUUGGAAUUUUUGAACCUUAAAUUGCCUGUCUUUCUAAUGUCCUGACUUUUCACUUCACUCUGCUGCUGUUUGUGGACACUGGACAGCCUCAUCAUGUUCGUGCCUUGUCCUCAGCAGCUGUCAGGCUCACAGACAUGUACAGAUAUUUCUCAGAUAACACUACAUGAAGCUUCCUGAAACAGCAUUACCCAGAUUAUUUUAAUCCUGCCAAAAGGGCGUCAGUGCUUUUCAGUGAUAUGAACUAUGAUACUAUGCUUUCUUGUUUUUCUAACUGUGUACAGUUUUGUUGUAUUUUAUGCAUUCCAUUUGUCUUCAUUAUAUUUAGUUCAGUCUUUUUUGUGAUUCAUUCAUUGAAUGCUAUUGGUGUGAAUUAGUUUUUUUUUUUUUUUUAGUUAAAUUUCUUCUCUUCCUCACAAUUCAAGAGCAACUUCUCAUUGAGGUGUCAAAGGUGCAAUACGUUGUUUGUUGUUUGUUUGUUUAAACUGACCACAGCCAUCACUGUCUCGUGUUUACCACUGGUUCAUCAUUUGUAACUUAUUUUUUUUUAUAUAAUUGUGCGAUGUGACUUGCUGUAAGCUGGAUCUCCUCUAGAGGGCAGCUGGUUUUGAACACAAUGAAUAUGUUGCAUAUUGCAGCAUUACGCUCAGAGUGAUAGAUGUUGCUGAAUGCUUUUGUCUUUUAACCAGUUUUACCAUGCAUUAUUUUCCAUAAGAGAUGCUGAUGCCAGUCACACCAAACAACCCUCGUCUAAUGUGAUAGUAACAAUGACACCACAAACGUCCAAUUUGUAUUUUUAUAUUCUUUUGUAGCCUUGGUUUAUGUGACACUGAAUGAUAAAGGGAGCUUUUUAUCAUAAAGUGCCAUGAAAAAAAAUAAACACACAACUGA